AUCAAAGGUCCCUUGUUAUCAUAAGUACCCCUAUAACUGCUGAUCACUGCUGAAGAACCUUGUUAUAUCCUGUCCUGUCACGCGAGGUUCUCCCCCAGUCACUCCCCCUGUACGUUUACAGAAUGAAGGGGACAUUGGUGUUCCUCUCACUCCUCGGUCUUCAUCUUAUAACGGCCCAGGAGCCAGGGAGAUGUAUUGUACCGCCUCAAUUCCAGGCUAGGAUUGCCCAGCUCAGCUAUUAUGAGAACCGAGUUAAUAGGUUCAUGUUUGUGUAUGAUGCUGUCAACAAGAGGGAGGCCAUUUUUGAAGAGCUGAGCGAGUUUACACCUGGAAGAAGAUUUUACGAAUACCUUAUCUUCGACAAAGAAAGAGUGGAAUACAAGAUAGAUCUAAGAACUAGGAACUGUACAAAAGCCCCGGCCAGGCCCUGGAGGGAUAUAGGCAUCCCCCCGAACGCCACGUUCGUGAAUGAGUACAACCUGGGUGGCCCAGGGGAGAGCAUUACGAUACAGGAAUGGUCGGAUGCUGUCCCUUUACGACGUAAUGCCCGCCUCUACAUGUCAUUUACACUGAAUAACUGCGUCAUUGUAAACGAGGAUAUCCUGGGAAACGGCGCCAAUAUCACGGACUCCGUGUCCAACCGGUUCUAUGACUUUGUGGAAGGAAUCGAGAAUCCGAAUGUCUUUGUUGUCCCCCCAUCAUGUACACAGACAAAAUAUCAACAGGCGGAACCAUUCAGUCUAUGGCCUUGAAAUGUUGCAGGGUAGCUAGUAUUGAUAGGUAGUAAAAGGACGGUCCAGUAGAUUUAGUAUCAUAAAAAAGUUUUUUAGAUUAUUAUAGAUUAAGAUCGUAGAUACCAGUAGAAUUUAUGGAAUAAAAGAAUUACAUGUUAGAGAUUACAAGUAUAGUGUAUAACUUUAAUAUCAUUUAAAUGUUCAAGUAUUCUUGUGAAGACAAUUUCACUCAGUGCAUAAAAACUCGUGUUUAAAAGGGUAAAUUUUGUGUAUAUAUUUAUACAUGUAUAUAAAAGUAUAUUUAUCAACUCUAUAUUUAUCUAUUUAUAAAUGUGAUGCUAUGUAACAGAGGCGUCAUUAUUGGACUGGGUUUAGUGCAAUAUAAAAUUUCCUAUAGGAGUGUAGGGAAGCUCAUUUAAGCUAACUUACAUGUGAUAUGUGCGUGGGUGCCAAAGGUGUGUGUGUCAGUUGUAUAUUAUAUGAAUGUUUUGAAUGCAAAAGUAAUUUGUCUCUGACUUCAUGUAAUUGUGUUAGAGCAUUUUAACCUGAGAAUGUAGGUAUGAAAGAGUAUUUCUUUGUCCAGUUUUGUUGUACCUGCAAAUACUCAGAUAAAUCACAAUUGUAUAAAUCUCUGCACAAAAAUGCAAUUGUUUUAUUUUCACGCCCCGU